CUUACUAGUCUCUCUUGCUUAAACACAAGCACAAUUUCAAGUUCCCCAACUCAUCCUUUGGCUUACAGUGCUACUUCUGCAGUUUCAUAAUGAAGCAACGGCUGGUGCUCAGCUUUGAUACAUAUUAUGAUGACUACAAUAGCAGGUCUAAGGCCAUGAAGACUGUUGUGAGUGCCGAUGGUGUGACGUCUGUAAAAUUAGAUGAGAAGGACGAGAGCAAGAUGGUGGUGAUAGGUGAGGAGAUGGAUGCCUAUGGGCUGCUGAACAUUCUGAAGAAGAGGAAUUUCAAAGCCCACAUGGAGAGCUUAGAGGAAAUAAAACAUGGGAAACAAGAGCAUCAUGAGAAAUAUAAGAAAAAGGAGCAUCACAAGAAAGAGGAGGAGAAAAAACAUAAGAAGGACAGGAAGAAGAAGGAAAGGAAGGAUAAGAAGAAGCACGGGCACUCAGACUCCGACUCUGAUUCUGGUUCAGGCUCAAGCUCUAGCUCCAGCUCGGACUCGGAAUCGGACUCAGAUAGGAAGAAGCGAGGACAUCAUCAUAAUCGGUCGAGCUCCAGCUCGAGCUCGUCCAGCUCCGACUCGGACUCAGACUCAGAUAAGAAGAAGAAGCAAGGACACCACCAUCGUAAUCGGACGACAUACGUUUACAUGCCGACAUAUCCGCCGCAAAUUUACCCUGCACCUGCACCAUACGACGACGGCUAUAACUACAACUAUUCCACCAGCCGUUACUGAGAGAGUGACAACCAGGACAAUUGCUUCAUAUGUGGUAUAUAAGCUUGUCAAUAUGCCAGGCACUAGGCUUGGAUGUUUUGCUUUUGAUAAAUAAAACUGUGUAUUUUUUUCCUUUUCUUUUUUUUUUUUGGGUAGAAUUUUUGGAUUCUCUCAAGGUGGACUUACUCUGUAUUUCCUUCGGUGGAAGGUCUUGCGCUUGCCCGGUGUAGAGAGCCUUUAAUGGCAAAGCAUGUACCUAAUUAAUUUGGUCGCGUUUGUAAACAAUCAAUGCACGUAUAGC